GACUUUUAGUCCAAAUUUCAUUCGCCGCCUUAAUUUCAUUGCAAAUUUCAUCCAAAAAAGGGAACCAAACCUUGCUAGAUUCUAAAUCACCAUGCUCAACAAAAUUUUGAGUUGGCUCAAGCAGCCAAAGAUAUGGAAAUUUGUGAGUUUUACUUCAUCUAUUAUUGGACUUCUCUUUUACUCUCUUAGCUCUUCUUUCAACAAUCUAUUUGGAAAGUGGAACUUGUUUAAAAUAUUUGUUUACACAGUUUUUAGUUUAAUUAUAUGUCUUGCUAUCUUAUUUGCAAACACAUGUCACACUUCAAGUCUCAAACUUAAAACUCAUUUAAUAUUUUCCGUUUUCACGGCCACCACUGUUUACUCUUUUUUCUUCGAUAAAGUUAACGGAAAACCAGAUUUUUAUAGUCUAGUUUCGUGUGCUUCUUUUGCUAUUAUGUCGCUUAGUUUAUCAAAGCAUACUCAAUUAGGAUUCGAGGUUGAUUUGCUAUAUUUUUUUUGUGGGUACUUAACUUUACAACUCAUGAAGAUAAAGUUGUUUUUAGUCAUUGUUGGAGUGAGUUUUAGUUAUUCCCUUAUCAUCCUUCGUUUUUAUUUGUGUAACUCAAAUGAUCGUGGCCAUCUUAGACUCCAAUUUCAAGACCAAAAUUGUAUAGUCAUUCAAGUCCAUGCAGAUUUAGAAGAAUCAGAAAAUGUUAAUCUUAUCACGCCACAAGAAAACAUGGUUACUCAAAUGAAUAAUUUGUCAUAACAACAAGGAAAUAGUGAUGCUGUCAAACUAGUUGAUUAUAAAAGGGCCCUAGUUAAGAUGAAUGAGAAGCUU